AUGGACCGUUAUCAAAGGAAAUUACAGAAGCUAAUGAUCCAAACCAUCAGGACGUUGAAUAAUAUUAGUAGCAAAUCAACUCGUCACCAUACUAGCCUCCAUCCAGAUAAUCAAUCUAUCAAUCAGUCAGAUAAUCUAUCUGACAUCCCGAAAAAUAACAGCCUCCACAUUGAAAGUAAAGUUUCGGAAUCUGAAUCUGCUACCCCCAAUGAAAUUAUCAAUUCAUAUCAUAUCAAUAAAAAGUCUAUUUGUGUUGGACAAGUGCUUCUUGGUACUGUUCAAGCUAGAAUUGAAUCUGCUGACGGUACAAAGCUCCAAGUUAGAGCUGUCUUAGAUCCAGGGUCUCAAAUUUCUGCUAUCAGUCAGAAACUGGUGAAAAAAUUGGGUUUAAAAAUUAAUUCAAUCAAUAUGUCUAUUUCUGGUAUUGGUCAGACCAAUGCGCAACCAUUAGGUUUAAUAGAUUGCAAGUUGUAUUCCAGAACAGGAUUGGAGUACUUACAAGUACACGCUGUUGUGUUACCUGAAAUUACCAACAAUAUACCUUCUGCCCCUUUGUCACAGGAAAUAAUUAAACAUUUCGAGCACUUGAAUUUGGCUGACGAAACAUUUCAUAUUUCUCAACCCAUAGAUAUUCUCCUAGGUGCUGAUACUUAUUUUAUCGUUUUUGGAAGUGACGGUCGUAUUUCGUCUCCUGGAUAUCCUACUGCCGUAAAUACAUUUUUCGGUUGGACAAUCAUAGGUCCCAUAAAUGAAAUGUGUUCCUCUAAGAUGUCAGUACUUUUGACUCAAUCUGAUCUCAGCGAACAGAUGCAAAAAUUUUGGUCGUUGGAAGAAGUUGGAGAAACUAAUAUUAUAGAUCCUGUAGAUGAUUACGUGGAAAAACAUUUCAUCAGCCUGUAA